AUGGUUGUCUUCAGCAAGAUCACCGCCGCUCUGGCCCUGGCUGGCGCCGUCUCUGCCGUUCCCCACGGCAAGCCCAACGCCAAGUCCUUCUCCAUCGACCAGGUCGCCAAGAGCGUGACCAACCCCAAGGGCGUCAACCUGGCUCGCAUGUACCAGAAUGCCCUGCUGAAGUACGGUGCCACCGUGCCCGCCAGCGUCAAGGCUGCUGCUGAGCACGGCUCCGUUACCACCACCCCCGAGAACAACGACGAGGAGUACCUCACUCCCGUCAAUGUCGGUGGCACAACCAUGCACCUGGACUUUGACACCGGCUCCGCCGACCUCUGGGUCUUCUCGUCCGAGCUGCCCCAGUCCCAACAGGCUGGUCACUCCGUCUACAAGGCCAGCAACGCCUCUGCUAUGCCCGGAUACAGCUGGUCCAUCAGCUACGGUGACGGCAGCUCCGCUAGCGGCAACGUCUUCAAGGACGCCGUCACCGUCGGCAGUGUCAAGGCUCCCAGCCAGGCCGUUGAGGCCGCCGCGAAGAUCAGCUCGCAGUUCGUGCAGGACAAGAACAACGACGGUCUGCUCGGCCUCGCCUUCAGCUCGAUCAACACUGUCAAGCCCAAGGCCCAGACCACCUUCUUCGACACCGUCAAGUCCAGCCUUGACAAGCCUGUCUUCGCCGCUGCCCUGAAGCACAACCAGCCCGGCAGCUACGACUUCGGCUUCAUCGACAGCUCCAAGUACACCGGCUCCAUUGCCUACAAGCCCGUCGACAGCUCCCAGGGCUUCUGGAUGUUCACCGCGGAUGGCUACAAGGUCGGCAGCACCUCCGGCUCCUCCAUCAAGGGUAUCGCCGACACCGGCACCACCCUCAUGAUGCUCCCCACCGACGUGGUCUCUGCCUAUUACAAGCAGGUCAGCGGCGCUAAGGAGAGCUCGCAGUAUGGCGGCUACGUCUUCGACUGCUCCUCCACCCUGCCCGACUUCACUGUCACCAUCGGCUCCUACGACGCCGUCGUCCCCGGCAGCAUCAUCAACUACGCCCCCGUCUCCUCCGGCAGCUCCACCUGCUACGGCGGUAUCCAGAGCAACUCUGGCCUCGGGUUCUCCAUCUUCGGUGACAUCUUCCUGAAGACCCAGUACGCCAUCUUCGACUCUGAGGGUCCCCAGAUUGGCUUCGCCGCUCAGGCAUAA